UGGAUACACACACUCGACUGUCUGUGAGUCGCAGUUGUGAUUUCGUGCUUUAGAAUUCAGAAAUUGUUUAUUACUAAGCCUUCUUAACAUUCUGUUUGUAAAAUUUUGUUCCAAAGAGAUAAAGACAACAUGGCCAACGCUACAGAGGCAUCUCGCUCCUAUAGGCUGGAGUUGGAACCGCAGAAGAGGAGUAUUUUCGUUACCCAGUUAGGAGAAAGGGGAGAGGAUGACCGUGAGGAAGAAGAUGUCAAUAAAUAUCCCAUUGUCAAAGAGUCGGCAGGCAAGCUGAUAGAGACCGGCCUGAACACAAUGCAGAAGACCCUCCUUCUGAAGAGGGAGGUAGAGGUUGACAAGGUGACGCUUGAACUGCAGGCCAAGCGGGAGAACUUCCAGCAGCGCAUGGAGGAAUGCGAGAAGAAGAGAAUUGAAUUGCAGAAGAAGCAGCAGAGGAUGAAAGACAGAGUCAGCAAGUUUGACAAGUUCAUUCAGGAAACAGAGGCAAAGAGACGGCGAGCGAUCCACAAAUACCAGACAGAGUUGAAGCUGAAGGACCAGAAGCAGUCUGAGUAUGAACUGUUACUGCAACAGUUGGAAGAACUGAAACUUGUACAUAAGGAGCUGUGUACAAAACUGCAGAAGCACAAGAAGUAUGAAGACUACUUGAUGAGGGUUCUGGAUGAUAUACCCGAAAACUACUUGGAAGUAAACGAUUCCAUGCUGCGGAGUCUGAUGGACAGACAUCGCACCUUGAGCACCACCAAUCAGGCACUGAUAGCGCGAGUGCAGAACAUGUCCGAUCAAAUUGACACAGACAACCAGCGGAUGGAGGAACUCAAGUACAGUCAUGACCAGAAAAAAUUGUUGAUAAACCGCCAGCUAGCUGAGCUGCAGAGCAAGCAGGAGGAGGUGAUGGAGGCUAACGCUCAGCUAGAGGAGGAGAUCUUCAGUGAGCUCAACAGCUACCGAGAUCAUAGUGAGAUCCUGGGGAGAAUCCAGAUGGCUGUCAAUGAUAUAGCCGACAAAUGCCACAAGAAACACGACCCAGCCCUGGACUCCAUGACCUACAUUGAGAAGCUUCAGCUUAUCAUGUUGUUUACAAUGGACCUGAUCUCAGUAGAGAAGAUGGCCAGGAGUAUGAGUCUGGGAUCCCGGACGCGCAGGAAAAGCAAGAGCUCGUUCAGUGCCACCGGGUCCAAAGGGAGCAGAAAUAACACCAGCAUGGGCUCCAACUCCCAGAAGAGAUGAGAUGAAGACCCUCAUGGAUGAUGAAUCCCUACCAGAGUUCACAAGUAGCCUUGUCUAUCGGCAGACUGUCAUGGGGACAUGAAUAUUGAUAUGUGUACCAUUUGGGGUGAUCUUGCAAAGGUUAUUGAGCACUUGGGAUCUCCAUCUUGCAAGAGGACUAUUGCUAGAGCAGAAUCUGCAGCUGACCAAAUCUUGAUGGGCACACAGCGGCCACUGACUUGGUAACCACAUCUGCAGUUAUUUGUUUUGCACAAGAAGCUUGGAGUCAUUAAUGCAAGUUGCACAAGAACACCACUGCCUCAUCGUUAUUGAUGUUAUCAUUAUCAUUGAUUAUUUCUGGUGAUGACACCAGGGACUCCUCAAAAGCGCCCUAGGCACUGUAGCUCGCAAGCCCGAAGAAACCUGUAGCUAUGAGACAAUAAGGAGCAGUCUCAGUUAUAGAGAUGGGAGGAAAAACCCAGAGUAAUGUCUUGGGUAAAACCCUUGGAAUCAGGUAGGGACCGGAAAACCUAUCCACAUGUGAACCAAGCUCGGAAUUGAACCCAGGUCAUGAAAAGAUCAUGUUUGUCCAAAACGUUUUUGCCUUUGAGAAAGAUUCUGCUAGGAUCGAAACAUCGGGCACUCCAUAUUUUGAGGUCACUGUAGUCAGCAAGCAGUUUGCAGCAAAUUGGUAUUACAUACAUGUACAAUGUAUGUUUCAACAUAUUUUAAGUGAGCAAGAAUCCAUGAAGUCAUGCAGUCAACUUUUUGCCACAUACAUGUAAAUGUAAAAUUGGCUAUGCACAAUACGUAUUAGCAGGAUGGCAAGCCAGUGCCUGGCAAUGGAAACUUUUCAGGGCACACUGCCCCUGUGAAUAUUAUAUUAAACCUGCCCUACAACACUGUAUGUGUAUUUUGAAUCACAUACACAUACAAGCAUGGGCAUUUCAUAUCUGUUGUGUGGUGUACCAAUGCUUUCAUUUUACUGCACAUUACGCAAGUUUUAUUCAGUACGGCUGUGCUAUUUAUUACAUGUAUUGCUUGUUUUACACAAAUUGGUGGGAGAUUUAUCAUGUGAUGCACGGAAGAUCCGAUUUGAAUUAUUGAUUAUCACCGAGUUCUGUGUCAUUGUAAUUCAUAUGAGUCAGAAUUAUUUGUGACCUUUCAAGGACAGAAACACACGUGAUCAUGUGCAGUAAACAUCGGGCCAUGCA